CCCAAGACAGGAAGAAAGCGAUCGAGAGUUCAUUUGAAUGGGGAUCUCCGAUACUGUCUAGUUCUCACCCAAGCUCUCCGCUCCACCAACACCCCCCCGAAAACCUAUCACCAUGAGCGAAAAGGCCCGGUUAAAGUGCACCGUCUAUGUGGGGGGUCUCGACCAGGCGGUUACGGUACAGACGCUGGCCGAGGCAUUCGUCCCCUUUGGCGAAGUCGUCGAUAUCACGCUCCCCAAGCCCGACGCUCCGAAUUCGUCCGACCUGCACCGGGGCUUUGGAUAUGUGGAAUUCGACACGCCGGAUGAUGCGAACGAGGCGAUCGAUAACAUGGAUGGGAGCGAGCUUUACGGACGGACAAUCAAGGUCGCUCCGGCGAAGCCCCAGAAGGACAGCAACGAGGGGCUAGGAAGCAAAACCGCGAUCUGGCAGCAGGAGGGCUACUUGGCCAAGUAUGCUGUGAGCGAGGAGGACAAAUUGGCGGACGAACACGCCCUGUCUACGACGAAUGGCGACCGGCCCCAGGAUCCCAUGCAGGGAUUGGAGGAGCUGGAUGUGGCAGGACCCAAGCCGGAAUAAGCAGACAGCAACAGAAUGAUACCCCAGAGAGCGAGAAGACCAGGCGACAGUCGACAGUAAGAUUGCAAUACUACACGAUCAGAAUCCUCCCGUCAGAGCCGUACU